CUACUCUGGACUGGACUUGACUUUUUUUCUGGAAUUUCUUGGUUAUGUGUUUGUGACAUAUUUUUAUUUUUAUAUGUAGUUUUAAAUGUAAUCAAUGGAGACUGUUGACAUAAUAGAAAACGAAAAUAUUUGUAUUACCAGAGAAAUUGAACCUAACGAAAUACAAAGACUUGAGGUUGUAGGCGAAGGAAGUUUUGGUGUUGUAUACAAGGGACUAUGGCAAAAUAAAUUGGUGGCUGUCAAAAAUAUAACUAGAGAUGCCGAGAAAAAAGCGUUUCUGGUGGAAGUUAGACAACUUUCACGAGUUGACCAUAAAAAUAUAGUAAAAUUGCAUGGAGCGUGUACGAAAGGACUGAAUUUUUUCCUUGUAAUGGAAUAUGCCGAGGGUGGUUCAUUAUUUAAUGUAUUACACAAAUCAACUUUAGGAUAUUCCUUAGCCCAUGCCAUGUCAUGGAUAUGCCAGUGUGCUAAAGGAGUAGAAUACCUGCAUGAUAUGAAACCAAAACCAUUAAUCCACAGGGAUUUAAAACCUCCAAAUUUGUUGUUAAUAAAUGGCGGAGUUAAUUUGAAAAUUUGUGAUUUUGGUACUGCUGCCGAUAAGAAUACUUAUAUGACAAAUAAUAAAGGAUCGGCGGCUUGGAUGGCCCCAGAGGUCUUUACAUCCUCCCGUUAUACGGAAAGCUGUGAUGUAUUUAGUUGGGGCAUAAUUUUGUGGGAAGUAUUAUCAAGAAAGAAACCAUUUUACAAUCAUGCUAGCUCAGCUUUUAGUAUUAUGUGGGCGGUGCAUAAAGGUAAGAGGCCACCAUUAAUUAGAAACUGUCCACCGUCGAUAGAAAAACUGAUGACAAGUAGCUGGGACCAUGAUCCUGAAAAACGGCCAAGUAUGAAAGAGGUAUCUUUGAAGAUGGAUCAGAUUUGUUCACUUUUGCCGGGAGGAAAUGAACCGAUAGAAGGCACGUAUGACGAGUAUGUAGAUAGUGUAGAUUAUGAAGACGAAAUUGAAGAAGUUUUUACCAAUAGUAAUAUGACUACUUUAACAAGUGCUAAUAAUGUGAGAACUCUACCUCAACCAACUCCAAAUAUCGCCACUCCACUUACAGUGGAAGUAGAUCCAAUCUGCUGGGCUACGGAAAUUAACAAUCCAGAUUUUCUUAUUAAAACCGGCCCUGGUUUAGACACAUGUAUUCCCAAACCCAAUUCAGAAAAUACAGUCCUUUUGGAUUCAUUAGAUUCCCCAUUAAGACCAGCUACACCAGACUUAACUAAUCCCCUUUCCGUAGAAAAGUACGAAGAGCAUAAAGGACUUGCUGAAGAGUAUUGGAAGAUGCAAACAGAGCUAGUGUUGCUUCAGCAAAAGAAGCAGGAGCUUCUACAUUUGCAAGUAGAAGACGAACAAAGACGAAGAAAAUUGGUUGAGUUACAAAACGAAAAGGAAUCUCUACAAUUGAUCAGAGAUUUAUUUAGACAGCAGAACGAAAAUGGUGAUAUGCCAAGUCAAGCACGAGACUCUGGAGAUGGAUGGGUUAUAGUGCCUAAUGCAGAGAGACAAUCAUAACUUUAAAUGCUAUUUGGAAUAAGAAUUUUUUUGGAGUAUUCGGAUUUUUUCAAGUUUGAUUGUAUAAACUCGCGUUGUUAUUAUAAUUAAGAAGUUUUCUCUUACUUUUAAUUUAAUAAGUAUUAAUGUGAUACGGAUUGCUCUUAGUUAUAGGUUUUUUUAUUUUGACUUUUUUUAUGAAAAUUUUAAAUUGGGUAGUAUAGUUUUCAAAAUAUUGUUUAUGACUGUUGCAUUGACGAUUAAACGUUAAAGUUAAGAUUUAAUUUAAGCAGUUUGAUAAGGACAAUUCAGUAGAAUUAUCUAUAAUUAAUUGUAUAUACUUCUAUUUUCACUCAAUAUUUAAAUAUAUGAAAAUAUGAUUAAGUUAAAAUUAUAUUUGCAGGAAGUAGAUCAAUAAUAGAUAAAUUAAUUUU